CCAGAAGGGGCCGCGUGUAGCCGCCGCCGCCGCCCGUCAGCGCCGGACCCCAGCGCCGCGCGGCCGCCGCUCGCCGGCGGCUCCCCGCCAUGCAGGACUACGAGGUGGUCACCGCCUUCCUGGGCGAGUGGGGCCCCUUCCAGCGCCUCAUCUUCUUCCUGCUCAGCGCCAGCAUCGUCCCCAAUGGCUUCACCGGGCUCUCCAUCGUCUUCCUGGCCGGCGCCCCCGAGCACCGCUGCCGGGUGCCCCCCAGCGCCAACCUGAGCCGCGAGUGGCUCAACGCCAGCAUCCCCCGCGAGCUGCAGGGCGGCCGGGAGGGGCCCAGCAGGUGCCGCCGCUACCGCCUGGAGUCGCUGGCCAAUUUCUCCGCGCUGGGGCUGCAGCCCGGCCGGGACGUGGACCUGAGUCAGCUGGAGCAGGAGAAGUGCCUGGACGGCUGGGAGUACAGCCGGGAGAUCUACCGCUCCACCAUCGUCACCGAGUGGAAUCUGGUAUGUGACGAUGACUGGAAAGCUCCCUUAACUACCUCCUUGUUUUUUGUGGGUGUUCUGGUUGGAUCCUUUAUAUCAGGACAACUCUCAGACAAGUUUGGCAGGAAGAAAGUUCUGUUUGCGACCCUGGGGGUGCAAACCUGCUUCAGCUUCCUGCAGGUCUUCUGUAGCAGCUGGGAGAUGUUUUCAGUGCUCUUUGUCAUCGUCGGCAUGGGACAGAUCUCUAACUAUGUGGCAGCUUUUGUACUUGGCACAGAAAUUCUUGGCAAAACAGUUCGUGUUAUAUUCUGCACACUAGGCGUUUGCAUAUUUUAUGCAAUGGGCUACAUGUUGCUGCCGCUGUGCGCGUACUUCAUCAGAGGCUGGCGGACGCUGCUUCUGGCUCUUACUUUACCUGGGCUGCUUUGCAUUCCACUGUGGUGGGUCAUUCCAGAAUCUCCCCGGUGGCUGAUCUCUCAAGGAAGGUUACAAGAGGCAGAAAUCAUCAUCCGAAAGGCUGCAAAAACAAAUGGUAUUACAGCCCCAGAUGUAAUAUUUAAUCCUAUGGAGCUACAGGAAAUGACUUCCCAGAAGCAGCAGAGGCACACCAUUUUGGACCUAGUGAGGACCCAAAAUAUCCGAUUUGUCACUAUUUUGUCAGUGAUUCUUUGGAUGAUAAUCUCUGUAGGCUAUUUUGGCCUCUCCCUUGACACUCCUAACCUGCAUGGUGAUGCCUAUGUAAACUGCUUCCUCUCAGCGGUUAUCGAAAUUCCAGCCUAUAUUAUAGCCUGGCUGCUUCUCCGAAAUCUCCCCCGACGGUAUUCGAUGGCUGCUGCAUUAUUCUUGGGAGGCUGCGUCCUUCUCUUCAUUCAGCUGGUCCCUCCAUACCUUCAUGUCCUGUCCAUUAUCUUGGUGAUGCUGGGUAAAUUUGGGAUCACAUCUUCCUUUUCAAUGGUUUAUGUUUACACUGCUGAGCUGUACCCAACAGUCGUGAGGAAUAUGGGAGUUGGAGCUAGUUCCAUGGCCUCCAGAUUGGGAAGCAUCCUCUCACCUUAUUUUGUUUACCUCGGUGGCUAUGACAGAUUCCUACCUUACAUCCUUAUGGGAAGCCUGACUGUGCUGACGGGAGUCCUUACUCUGUUUCUCCCAGAAAGUUAUGGCAUGCCUCUCCCAGACACUAUAGAGCAGAUGCUGCUGGUUAAAGGACUCAAGUACAGACAUACAUCUAAUAGCACAAGGGUUUCAAAGGACGAAGAAGAAAGCCCAGUGAUUCUUAAAAGCACGGCUUUUUGAUGACACUACACUGUAUACUUCACGAUGGACCGAAAAGUAAACUGACUUUUCUUUUAAUUUUCCUUCCAGAAAGGGCUAGUAGCAACACUUUGUGUCCUGUAAUUAUAAACUUAUUUAUUAAAUGAAACACUGUUUUCAAUACGUUCUUUUUAUAUGAAAGUAGAUACUGUAUAUCCCUUCAUGAGAUCUCCAUCCACAGUUGUUUAAUGUGUCAAAAACACAGAACUCUGUUGGAUAAACACAGUUUAUAAUUUUAAGAAUGACUGACACACUUACUGUAGAUCUCAAUAUCUGAAAGGUGCUUGUUACUGAGUGCUGAUGGAGUGACUUCAGGCCUUAAGGAGCUUAAGAUAACUCAUGUUAACAAGAGUUAAAAAUUGCCAGCUCUUUCCAAAUUGUAAGAAAAAGCUGCCAGUGACACUGGAUUUCUCGACAUGCACAAACACACACAUCUGCUCCCAGGCAGGGAGCUUGUUAUAAAGUAACAAAGGUGGUGAAAAUACCUGGCUUGGCAAUUUUACAUAAAUCAUACACAGGUGGCUUUGCACAUGAUUAAUUCCUGAACAACUUCAGGGAUGAAAAAAGAAAAACUUUGACAAAUGAAUUUGAAAAUUUGACUUUAUUUUAGCUGGAAAUGUAUUGAGAAGAUUUUCUUGCACAAAUCAUUUGCAAUAUUGAAGCUUUGCUAGCAAAGUGAUUCUGAUUGUUUCAAAUAUCGUUUUAAUAUGACACAGGGUGAAGUUGUUUACAUCUGAUAUUGGGGUGUGUCCUAUUCCAGGUGCUUAUUUAUUUUUAAAACUAUAAAUAGGUUUCAUCUGUGUUUCUUGUAUCCUUUUAGGAUACAGUAUCCAAGCUAAUCCUUCUAAGUCUUCUGUACAGUUUGAUUGGGGGCAGUAUGUCUAUUUUCAAAACUUUCUAUUUCCUCUUUUGUUCUUUUUUUGUCAGUUUCCUCACAAUAUGGAGGGCUAAAUUCCACUCUCAGGCAUACCCUGUGCACCUACAUAGAAUUGAAUAUGAGAGGGUUACAUGGGUAUAAUUAAGAUCAAUAUUUAGCCUCAAGUCCUGGCCAUAAGCUCAACUAAGAGCCAAGAAUGUCAUUUUACAUGUUCUGUUUUCUCACAAAUAUCAUGAAAUCGGUGAAAUUUUUUUUAAAGAGCAAAACAAAGAAAUCGUGUUGAAAAUCUGCCAAGAGCCAAUUCCUUUGAUUACAGAAGCUGCCUUGGUAGCAUUUGUGUUUCUUUCAGGAAAACUUCUGUUUCGUUCUCAUUUGGACAAUGCUGAAAGCACAUUUCUUCACCCUGGGACAGGUUUAAGAAAUGAAUUUCAUAAAGCAUUCUGUGGUACUUUUUAAUUUUUUUGGAGCGGUUUAAUAAAUAGAGUCUUACCUUUCAGUAAUCAAAGCUGUUAGAGGCUUUUUUCUGGAAAAGCAGCUAUUUACAAAUGUUUAACGUUUUACGACAGUGUUAAAUUUAGCAGCAGCUAAUUAUCUUGAUAGCCAGGGUGCCUUAUUCUCUCCCUCCAGACCAUGCUGUAGCAACAGGUUUGGUAAGUGCCUCCUGCCUUAUAGAAGUAUGUUUUAGACCCUUCCUCUCUUUCUUGCCCUUACUGUGUGCAUGCACGUUGCAUGUGCUGUGUGUGCGUGAGCUGACCCUGAUCUGAUUCUGUAGUUCUGCCUGCCCACACCUAAAGGUGUGAGACUGUAUGUACCUUAUCCCUAUCUAUUAAAUCUCUUAUCAGAUGUGCCAUUGAUAUGUCUUUAAUCAUCGGAUGGAAGUAACUAGAAGUUGGCAAGUGUUACUGUAUUUUGGGGUAUAGAACUGACAAAUUAUGCUGUGUAAAAGGGAACUGCAAGUAACAUGCAGGGCCCCUAUUAACUUUUAAAGGGAGAUUUGUUGUUUCAUGCUCCACCCUUCUACAUUUCCUUGCCCUGUUAGGGCCAUUAUGAGAUCUGGAGUGAGAUUUGCAAAAUUGACUCAGGUCAACACCAUACUCUACACUGGUCUCAAAUCAUACACCACUGCCUUAUAAAAUCCACUUGGCAGGGACUUGUCACUCUGUCAAGUCAAAUCGGCGACUCUUUUGAGUUUGCUUUCGUUAACUCUGGUUACAGUGUUUUGGCUAUAUUUGCAUUUUCCCCUCCUAAGAAUUGCACUUUGCAACAUUCCUACCAGAAGGGCACAAACAGUCUCUUAGAGCAUAUGUCUACACUUCGCACUGGGGUGUAAUGCCCAACUCUGGGAGACAUGCCUGCGUUAGCAGGCAAUAGGCUAGCCUGCUAAAAAUAGAGGGUAGCUGCAGCAGUGCCCGUGGCAGAAGGGGCUAAUGGCACCAAACACAUGGAAUUACACCUCGAGGUCAAGUGCAGACAUAACCGACUUUCUGUGUCCUAUGCAUGAGAAUCUGUUCAAAAAUAUAACUUAAAAGUCCACAUGCUGUAAGACUUCAACAGAUGCCUAAUCUAAAACUGGAAUUAACUCUUGGCCAAGGUCUGAAUUUCCCUUAACACCCUUAACGUUUAGCUGUUACUUUCCUCCGCUGAUUUAUUCCAUUAUGUCACUUGACAAUGAGAUUUUCUUUCUUGAAUUUUUAAAUGUUCCAGUGUUUACUGAGCAAUCUUAAGGACAAUGGUUGAGCCAGCUGAACGGGGAAUUUCUCAGUUGUGAUGCAAGGCGGAUAUACCAUGGCAAUAACGAACAAUUCUGAUAUCACAGCCUGUAUUUUAAUGCAUAUUAGUCUUCUAAAAAUGGAAAAUAUAACACAAAAUAUCCUCUGUGCUUCUGCAGAGUGUAUGGAUAUUAAUAUAUUAAUCUGAUUCCCAUUUGACAGUUUACCCCGUGCACUGUUUUCACAACUGGUUUUGUUAACGGGUGGCACUACCCACCUGGGUUAUUUUUCUGUAUGACUGAGUGGAUUCUCUGAUUUGAAAAGAAUGCACUAAUUUUAGUAAAAUAGAAACCAGCUCAGAAUCUAACUGAAAUAUUCCUCCUGUGUUCUUUUGGGGAGGUAUGUUAAUAAGAUCAAUGUGCAGGUGAAGAGAGUCACAGAUAAAAUCUAGACUAGAGGAACACGAUUCAGGUAAUCACUUUCAAACAGUGACAUCAGUAAUGGCAAUAGAAGGUAAGGUCUGGAGGUGUUUAGCACAGUUAGAGAUACUUGUAGAACAUUUUGGUGGCACCAUAUUAGAUCUAAACUUUGGCAGAGUUACUCUGAGUGCUACAUGUUCAGACCUUUGUAGCGUCAGGACAUAAACUCAGUAAUAGUCUUUAAAGAUUCUGUUGGCCUGUCACUUCUUUUUCGUGUUUUGUAGGUUGGGGUGGCAUUGGGGCCUUCUGAUCUGAACACAUUUUUUCAAACUCAGGUUUUUGGAAAUGCUCCAUUCUUUCUAAAAAAGCCAACACGUAAAUUUAAUCGAAGCCUUCCUCCUUCCAUGAAUCACUUUCCAAACUAGAAAGACCACUAUGAAAGUAACAUUAGAACAGGGUCCUUUAGCACCAGGUAGAGUUCCAAGGUGAGGUCAUCAAGGUGUUUUGUGUAAUUCCAUCUGCUAUUAUGUAAAGGCUUUUAAAAUUGCACCGUGUUAAAUUUUUACAAGUACAUUAGUUAACAGCAGAUAUACUGUACAGAACAUAAAUAUGUGGCUAUAAAGAAGGCUUUAACUGUGCUUCAAUUAAUAACUGAGGGCCCUGUUCUGUCACCCUUACCUUAGUCUGUGAGUAGUCCUAUUGUUUUCCAAGGAUUAAGGUACUACUCAUUGGAAGGGUGGCAGAAUCUACCCCUGAAUGAGGGGUUGUGCUAAGAUGGUAAAUUCACUGUAAUAUUUACACCAGGGCAGCAUGCAAAAUGGAUUCAGGCUGUCUUCAAUCUAUAAAAGCUGGAAAAUUCAGAAUGGCUCAUGCAUUCUUUUCCUCAUCCGCUAGGAAUCACUGCCUGUAUGUACAUAAGAUUCCUUGCUGAUAGAGAACCCCCAUCAUCGCUAUGAGAGACAUGGCGUAGUGGUCAUGAGCACAGGGCUAGGAUCCAGGAAUGCCCAAGUUCUAAUUCCAGCUCUGAGACUGACUCCCUUCAUUGUUUUGGACAAGUCACUUUGGCCUUGGUACCUCAGUUUCCCAGUAUCUCCAGUAAAAUGAAGAUACCACCUCUCAAGGGGGUUGGAAUUAAUGAAUGUUUGUGAAGAGUUAUGUAAAUGCUCAGGAUGAUUCUCUGCCAUUUCUGAGCACUAGUUAGAAUGUUUGGCUUUACUUCUGAAUCUGGCUGGUUAUUGUUCUGUAGCAUCUGCUGCCAGCUGAUCUCAGAGCACUUGUGAUGUUAGCUUCACUAGUGCUGGUACAUCUCUCUCUCCGUCCCCCCUUCACACCCCUAAAUUACAGAUUGGGAAAGAGAGGCACAAAGAGGAGGUGGCCAGGGCCCCACAGAAAGUCUGUUACAGAGCCAGGUUUAGAACCUGGGUUUUCUAGUCCCCAAUCCUGUGCUUUCAGCCACAAACUCCUUCCUCGGUGCUAUGUAAAACUGCACUUUCGAGAGGGCUUCCUUUUGAAUGUAGGGCACAUUUAAAAUUUACAGGUUUCAGAGUAACAGCCGUGUUAGUCUGUAUUCGCAAAAAGAAAAGGAGUACUUGUGGCACCUUAGAGACUAACCAAUUUAUUUGAGCAUGAGCUUUCGUGAGCUACAGCUCUCAUGCUCAAAUAAAUUGGUUAGUCUCUAAGGUGCCACAAGUACUCCUUUUCUUUUUUUUUAAAUUUACAUUAUUCUCCCAAGUGCAUGGUGAGAUGAUCUUCUGUCGCUAGAUUUUCAUUUGUUCAGAGCAUCCAUAAUAAUACCACUGCCAUGGUGCAGAUGUCUUGGAACCUGCUUGCCAUGGGUGCGGUAGACGCCUGGCUUGACACAACAGCUGUGCUCUUUAUGUCCUGGUUCCAAGUGGCUCAUCCAUUAUUAUAAAUUGCUCUUUGAGGCCCUAAGCCUGCAAGCACUUAAGCCCGUGAGUAGCUCCACUCACUGGAGUACUCCUAUUGAACUCAGUGAGACUGCUCCUGUGAACAAAAUUGUCUGUGUUACGAUUUGUAGGAUUGGGCCCUAAACUUGUACAACUGGAAAUUAUUUGAUCACAACGUGAAAUCAGCUUAGAUAGCGUAGUGCCUUGCUUGCAAAUGCAUCUUGGGGCACUUUAUUGUACCACUUAUGCCCAGAGCCUUGUAUAUAGAAAGCCAAAUAUUUUCAAAAUCAAAGAGUGGUUUCUUCUGUGAAUGUAAAUACUCUUUAAAUAUAAUAAGGUUGAUUUAAAAUAGUUGAUUCUUAAAGCAUUUUCCUGUAAAAAUUGUGAUAAGAUUAUUUGUAAUAUUCUGAAUAAAAUCAUUCUAAAGAGAAUUCCAAAUA